AUGUAAUAAAAUCUUAGCCUUGAGUGGAAAACAAAAUUGUAUUGUAUGAAUCAUAGAUAAGAGUAAGUGGAAUAUUGUUGUCUUAAUAAAAGUUGCUCCGAAAAUAGAUUGUGUUGUUAGAAGUGUUUAGAGUAAUAUCAUUAAUAUCACACUAUUGACAUAAAAAUACUAGAUGCAAUUCAGGAAAUCAUUUCUAACUCUUCAAAAAAUGUAAAAUAAGUGUUAGCAACAUCAAAAGUUGGAUUUCAACGUAUUAAAGAGUCUUUUGAUACAACCAUAUGCAAAAUAGAAAAUAAAAUAUAUGGGUUAGAAUAAACUAUCAAAAAAAUGAACACAAGCUAACUAGAGGAACUCAUUCAAUACUCUUUUUAGUAUGAGGAACUUGAAAAAAUACUAAAGGCUUCAUUUGAUGAGUUGACAACUCACAUUUAAAAAACACUUGAACGAAUUUAUUAGAAUUACUCUCUACAUGAUAGAAUACAUCUUGAUGAAUUUAUGAUAGCUUAAUUAGGCGAUGACUUAUUUAAAUAAAAAGAUUAUUUGAGAGCCAAGGAGUAUUUUGAAUAAUGCAUUCAAAUUAAUCCAGAGAAUAUCUCAGCACUUUUAGGAAUAGGUAUUUAUUAUACUUAUUUAGCUAACUGUUUAAGGGAUAAUCAGAAAUACAAGGAAGCAGAAUAAUUUUAUACAAAAGCAAAAUUGUUGGAUGAACACAACUCAAAUAUUUUCUGUGAUUUUGGUAAUAAAAUUAGUAUAUAAAAGGUGAAUGUUUAAGAUAACAAAUGCAAAUUGAAAAAGCUUUAUUUGAAUUUGAUUAAGCUUUAAGAAUAGAUGCAAACUAUCCUUAAGCAGCAUUUUAUAAAGGUUAUAAAGAGUAAUAUUUAUAGGGGUUCUUCUCAUUUACUAAGGAAUAUGGAGAGUAUUAAUAAAGAGUGAAGAUGAAAAAUUAAUAAAAGAAGAAAUCUUUAAAUAUUUUUAAAAUGUUACAUUUUUUAAGAAUGAUACUUAUGUAAGUCUAUUCAAAGGUAUACAUUCAUAAUAUUUUUUAGCUUUGCUUCUAAGUCUAGAUGGUUACCCUGAGGAUGCUUAGUAGAUAAUAGAAGAAAUUUUAAUAAUAGCACCAAACAAUUACGAGGGUCUAUUACUAAAAAGUUUAUAUUUAUUAUAAAUUAGGUUUCAUGCUAUUUGGUAAGCAAUAAUUUGGCUUAUCUCUACAAUUACUUGGAUAGACAAUAAUCUAGGACUAAUUUGUAGUAUUUUUUAAGAGUAAACAAUUUAAUUCAAUUAGGUUUGUGUUUAUUUAGUUUAGAAUAAUACAAAGAUGCAAUCAAAUUGUUAGAUUCUAUUUUAGAGUUUGAUUCUAACAAUUAGAAUGUAUAAUUAAUUAAAGGUAUGAAUUUAAAUAAAAAAGGUUAAUGCUUAAUGGAACUUAAACAACAUAAAGAAGCUAGUGCAAUAUUUUGUUCUAUUCUGGAAAGUAAUCCUGAUUACCUAGUUGCUUAAUAAUACAAAGGUAUAAAAAGUCAUAAUUAUAAGAUCAAUGUUUAGAAAAAAUCUAGUAAGAAACGGAAGCUAUAUAAGAUUUAGAGUAAAUAAUUUUAUAUAUUUUAGAUUAAAAAUUUGA